GAUAUGAUUACUUUGUAAUCAACACAUUCCCAAUGAAGUCACUUAUCGAUUGUCGAUUGUUACGAUGUGGGUACCGCGAAUCGGACGUCAUCACACAUACACGGACGCAAACAAAGAACCGAAACAAUAACAAACAGAGAGACCAAAGGAAAUUAAGCAAAAUUUUCAACAUUUCCAAACUUUCGAGGCCUACAAAUGGGAACCAACCCGACGCAGACCCUUCAUCAGGCGAUACAGAAACAGUUCGGCCUCUCGAAUUCCAGCGAUUCGUCCAAAUUGAGCAAUGAUUGUCACCCGACACUGCCACAGAACAGAUUCGUCAUUCCGCAGCUGAUAAUCCCUCAGCUGCAGCUCCAGCAGUCCACCGAUCUGGCGGCCCAGGAGCGCAGCCGCCAGGCGACGGACGCCCACAAUCAGCAGCUGCUAAACGAAAUUCGUCGUCGGCGUCAGGAUUCGGAUAGUGAGGCGCCAGCGGUACCAAGUGGAGCAAGCAGGGCUGAGGGAAUACCAACUGUGAGAUUCGUAAUUCCCAAGCUUGGUGCGGUGACUGGUGAGCCGCUGAACAUACCGCUCCUCUCCAGGCUGGAGCGCGGAGUGGGUCAGCUGCAGAUCCAAGACGACGACGGUGGUGAUCGAGCGGACGCCAUGAAGUCAACGCAUACGCCGCAGUCGCCGCUAAUUGAUCUCACGAGCACAGUGAUAUCCGGCAGCAAGGAUGGGCCACCUAAGGUGGCGGCAAGCAAGGCGCGCGAGAAGUUGGUGGCCAGUCAGGAACACUUUAGCAUCCCAUUUAAUCCUUGCGAUCCUCCUCCAACGCUAAAGAACUCGGCCCUCUCCGGUGGUGGCCUGCUAGCCGGCAGGCGGCGCCUAAUGCCUGAGGAAGAGGAGACGGCGUCAGUGUCACCACCAGAGUCCCGGCCCGGUCCCAUUGGCUGCAUGCUCGACACCGUCGUUGGCUAUCCAGAGCCGCGGCAGCCGCAGCUGCAGUAUGCCAUAACAUCGCUGGAAAAGCGACACCUGAAAAUGUGCGGCCGCGAGGACUACGGUCUGCAGGUGAAGAGAUUCCGCUUCGACACGCCUUCGCCCGAUGAGCUGGUGAAGCAGGCGCUGCAAAAAUCCUGGCGCGUCACACGCACUUGACUCAGGUCCCUCCAUCCAACACUUGACAAUUACCGAAAAGUAAAACAAAUAAAUCUGCCUAGUUCAAAUGGUU